UUCACAUUUUAUAUCGCCAACAACAAAAAAUCACUGUCGCGCAUCAAAGAAAUGGCGAGGAUUAAAUUAGUCUUAUGCGUGUACUGCUGGUUUUGGUUCUCGCAAAUUAAUACAAUUCAAAGCGUCAUGGCCAAGGAAAAAAGCGAGAGUUUAAGCUAUGUGUUCACCAAAGGCGAUAUCAUCAUCGGAGGUCUUUCGCCAGUUCAUUUUUCUCCGACCGCGGACGAAGAACAGCAAAACCCGAAUUCAUUUACUUGCCAAGGAAGGUUAAACACUCGAGGAUUUGAGGCUGUUGAAGCGAUGCUUUUUACGAUGGACAUGCUAAAUGAAGGGCCACUUAAGAACCUUGUGCUACCAAAUAUCACCAUCGGAAUGGAUAUUAAAGAUACAUGCGGCAGUGCUGAUUACGCUGUUCGCGAGUCGCUCAAUUUCUCCUUUAUUCGUAACGCACACGCACCAGCGGGCCACUGCUCCGGAGGAACGCACCUCUCGCAGAAAAAAACUCAAACUAUUGCUGUGGUCGGUGCAGCCUACAGCGGCAUUUCAAUGGCGGUUACCAACCUCUGUGGGCUUUUUUACGUCCCUGUCGUCAGUUACGCGUCGACAAGUAGUCUUUUGAGUAACAAGGUUCGUUUCCGCUACUUUUUUAGAACAGUGCCUAAUGACAUGCUACAGGCAAAAGUGAUGGCUGAUCUAGUGCGCGCGAUGAAGUGGAACUAUGUGAUUGCCUUGGCAUCUGAUACCGAGUACGGGCGAUCUGGUAUAGAAGCGUUCAAACUCGCUCUCGCUAGUUUUGGAAACAGCUACGAUGUGUGUAUUCCCGUGGACGAACGUUUCACGCAGCGCUCGACUGAUCAGCACUUCGAGAGGAUCUUUAAGCAGAUGAAAGCGAACCCUAAAGCUCGAGUCGUGAUUAUGUUUGCACAAUUGCACGACGCCAAUAUCCUAAUGGGCAAGUUUCGUCGGCAUCAAGACAUGGCUAAUGAAAAAUACGUCUGGGUUGGCUCAGAUGCCUGGGCAGACUCGAUGCAAGUUUUAAAAGGCAACGAGAAAAUUCUCGAAGGCAGGCUACUUGGAGUGGUACCUGAAGUUGUUCAUAUUGAAGAAUUCGACACAUAUUUCAAGAGUUUUAAUGACAACAGGCGUAAGAGAAAUCCUUGGAUGAGAGAGUAUGAAUACUUAAAAGUAGCCCACAACCCUGUGUUUUUCAGACAGACGUUUAAGCACUACCCUAAGGCGCACUUUGUCAUGGACGCGGUGCUGUCAGUCGCUUAUGCCUUGCACGACACGCUGGGCUGCGAGCCGCACAAAGAUUGCUCGUCUAAAAUCACGGAAAAUCUCAUACAACAAAACUUUAGAAACUAUUUGCAAGAUGUGAGGUUUGCGGGAAAAUCUCGAAAGGAAUUUUCUUUCGACAAGCUUGGAGACGCGAUCGGAGUGUACGACAUUAAGCGUUUGGCGCUUCUUGAUGGCGGAAAUUAUGACUUUGUAAAAGUAGGAAAAUGGGGAUCGAAAAUAUGCGACGUGUUCGGCGCAAAUACCUCACUAUCUUCCUGUUUAGAUAUGGACUUGGACGUUUUGGAAACAAUGCACAAAAACCUGGAAAACCUCACAGAAAAGGGUGUCCCGUUUUCGACCUGCAGUAAAGCAUGCCUUCCAGGAUAUCACAAAAACCCAGAGAAAAAUCACGCUAAAUGCUGCUGGCAGUGUCGACCGUGCAGCGGGAACACAAUCACAAAUAAAACAAACAUGGAUGAUUGUAUUCCGUGCCGGAGAGGAUACUGGACAAAUCAAAAUCAUUCUCGCUGUGAACCGAUUGAGCCGACCACACUAAGCUGGAAUGACACUUUAGGCGUGAUAAUUAUCAGCUUCUCCGGGGUGGGGAUUUUGGCAGUCCUUUUCACUUUUGUGGUGUAUUAUAUUUACCGGGAGACUCCUGUGGUGAAGGCUUCCAGCAAAGAACUCUGUUAUAUCCUUCUAUUUGGAAUUGCCUGGUGCUAUCUGACGCCUCUCCUGUUCUUGGCUGAUCGCAACGACCAGAUCUGUCGUGCCAUUCCAUUUGUGGUCGGCACGUGCCCUUCAUUGAUUGCAGGAACUCUCUUGACCAAAACCAACCGCAUCUCCAGGAUUUUUAACCGGAAACUGUUGAAAACCGGAACACCAAGUUGCUUGUCGAAGAAAUGGCAGCUGCUAAUGGUGAUAUGCCUGGCUGUGGUAGAAUGCUUGAUCGGUGGGGGUUGCGUGUUUUUUAGCGAAACCGGAAGUAAGCUCUUGAUCUCGGAUACUAAGAAAGAGGUGCUAAAGCAGUGUAUAGGACUGCCAGAUAUCUGUACGGCGAUUUUCUGGGUCUACAACGCCGGUCUCGCGAUAACGUGCACUUACCAAGCGUUUCGUACGCGCAAAUUACCUGAGAACUAUAACGAAGCGAAAUUUAUCACCUUCACAAUUGUAAUAACGGGAAUUGUGGUGAUAAUUUUCAUUCCAACUUAUAUAGGAACAGAAGGGAUUUAUAGAACUACCAUUUUAUGUUUUGUGUUCAUCAUCGCUGGGUCCGUCACUCUCUCUUGCAUGUUCGUACCGAAGUUGUACAUUAUCCUCUGGAGACCCGAAAAAAACGUCCCGAUGCGUCCUCGCUCCUCGACAAUCCGCCUCGGGACGAUUUCGCCUUCAGCGUCCUUUGUAAGACGCUUGAGCGUCGACUCAAACGCGGAGAAAGUCGUUUUCGAAGGAAGAAAAAACCGAAUUAAUUCCUUGCCCGCGAUGGAGCUAGUCAACUCUUCUGUGGAGGGUGAAGCGCGAGAAAAGUUCAAGAAAACAAAGCGAUCUUUUUCCCUUAGCCCCGAUAUGUUGUCCAGGUAUCGAGGCGGUCCAGAGAGUAGCCCCGAGCGGGGACGCCCGGUAUUACCGGGUCGUCGACGGGGAAGCCUUCCCGGGUUUACCACUCCUGCGUCCAUGGAAAUGAUCGAAGAAGGGAAUGAAUUUGACCUGCAGGUCGAUGGGGGUCUAAGAACAGACGACGAUGUAUUCACUGACCUAUCACUCAACGAAGAAUUUGAGGAUCGCGAUGAUUCAGAAAACUGUCUAAACACUACUAAAAAAGAUUGCGAACAAAACCUUCACAAUAAUGAUGACCUGGAAAAAGGCUGUUCUAACUGCGAAAGUAGUUUUGUUUCUUUUAACGAGCUUCGUGGUAAUGGAAUCCCUACCACUUGUGCUAUCGAUAUGGACGACAAUUUUGCCGACAGGAUUCGAAAAGAACCAGAGCUUAAAACAAUAGAGUGCCUGAAAUGCGGAACUGCACUCAGCGAGGAUGAAUGCCAGACAGUACUCUUAUGGGAGGCUUUUUGUAAACAUUUAUCGCAGAAUGGACGAAAACAGAAAUACAACAUUGUACAGUCGACAGAUUUGGACUCUUCACAGCAAGAUAAGAACAGGAAACGGAAGUCGGGAAUUUCUGAUAUAGUGAAAAGUACUGACGGUUGCCAUAGGAAUAGGCAGGUGGACAUAAACGACAACAGGGCUGUGAAAAGGUUAAGAAAUUCCAGUUUUUACAAUUGCGAGUGGCUCAGUUUACCUUCGCUCCUGAGCUCUUUUUCUGAUGGAUUAAUUGAACAGAACGAUUUGACAAGUAGAACUGAACAGUUGUUGAAAAAACGCAACAAAUCACUUCGAGAUGCAAAGAACUUCAACCCUUUAAAGGAAAGAAACACCAUUACUACAGCUCAAACGAAUGGACGAGUUUGUCAUACUUUGCAAAAUGGCGGAACGGAAAGUGAGAUUGAUAAACUUCUCGGAGAAGAAGACGCUGAAACUGUACUGUAA